AUGAGCGGCGGGGUGUGGUUUCCUGCACUGGGGCUGGUUGCCUGGCUGUGCUGCCUCAGGCUGGGGCCAGUUCAGGGGGAGAAGGUGCUGGUUGUGCCUAUGGAUGGAAGUCACUGGCUUAGCAUGAAGAUACUGGUGAAGGAGCUGAGCCACAGGGGCCAUGAGGUUUUGGUGCUGGUGCCUGAAUACAGCCUGUUGAUGAAUAGUUCAGACAGCUUCAAGACAGAGUUCUACCCAGUGUCCUUUACCAAAGCUGAACUGGAUGGAAAACUAAACGAGCUUGCGGAUGGAGUGUUCCUCAAGCCACCGGAAUUCACAGAUUUGUUUAUCAAUGUGCAGCGUCUGGUUAGCUUUACUUCAUUGCAGGUCAAAGGCUGCGAGAGUUUGCUGAACAACCAGCCUCUUAUGAGUCGACUGAAGGAUGGGGGGUUCGAUCUUGUACUCACAGACCCCUUCCUUCCCUGCGGCUCCAUUCUGUCUCAUGUCUUUUCUAUUCCAGUGGUUUAUUUCCUGAAUGGACUUCCAUGUGAGCUGCAUGCAAAGGCUAGUCAGUGUCCCUCUCCUCCUUCCUACGUUCCUGUGGCCUAUUCUGGUAAUACAGACAUCAUGACCUUCCCACAGAGAGUCAAAAACAUGUUGAUGUAUAUUAUGGAGUCCUACUUGUGCAGAAUAAUGUAUGUCCACUUUGACGAUCUGGUCAGCAAUUAUUUAGGAGACAACAUGAACUACAAGGACCUUCUUAGUCAGGGCGCUAUGUGGCUUCUCAGAUAUGACUUUGCUUUUCAAAGACCCAGACCUCUCAUGCCAAACAUGGUUUUAAUUGGAGGUAUCAAUUGUGCAAAGAAAGCUCCUCUGCCAGCGGACUUGGAGGAGUUUGUGGAUGGCUCAGGGGAUGACGGCUUUAUUGUCUUUACUCUGGGCUCAAUGGUGUCCAGCAUGCCUGAGGAGAAGGCUAAACAGUUCUUUGAUGCCUUUCGGCAAAUUCCUCAAAGGGUUCUGUGGAGAUACACUGGAGCCCAACCUAAAGAUGUACCCAAGAAUGUGAGACUUUUGAAGUGGUUACCUCAGAAUGAUCUCUUAGCCCAUCCCAAAGCUAAAGUCUUAAUGACUCACGGAGGUUCCCACGGUAUCUAUGAGGGUAUCUGUAAUGCUGUACCCAUGUUGAUGUUUCCACUGUUUGGGGACCAAGGGGACAAUGUACAUCGCAUGGUGUCCCGCGGUGUUGCAGAGAAACUCGGAAUGUAUGAUGUGACGACUGAAAACCUAUUGGCUGCACUUAAUAAAAUCAUCCAUGACAAAAGUUACAAAGAGAAGAUGGUGAUGCUGUCUCAGAUUCACCUGGACCGUCCUGUUCAGCCUUUGGACCUGGCUGUUUUCUGGACCGAGUUCGUCAUAAGACACAAAGGAGCCGAACACUUAAGGGUAGCUGCACAUCACUUGAACUGGAUUCAGUACCAUAGUCUGGAUGUCAUCGGAUUUUUUGUCAUCAUUCUCCUAACUGUUGUGUGGGUGAUACUCAAAUGCUGCAUGUUCUGCACCCUUAAGUGUUGCAGAAAGGGGACUUCAAAGAAAAAGCAACAGUAGUGUUUCUAAUGCAACAGUCAUAAGCUUUUAUAAACUCUGUAAUGAAGUAAAUACUGGAGGUUGAAACACUGCAAUGACAUGUCACCCUAGUGUUAUGUACGGGUGUGUGUGUGUGUGUGUGUGUGUGUCAAUAAUUGACUUUGAGCCACUCUCUGGAAAACAAACUGUAAAGCUAAUAAAAAAUUUUUUUUUUUACUUUGUCAUGGAUUUAUUUUGUAAAACUUUUAUAACAAGCUACAACAAAUGUUUUAAAUGUUUAAAAAAAUAAAUUUCUUUUAGUUGCUGUCCCUCACUGGUAACAUUUCUCACAUUCUCACAUACAGCUCCUCAGGUAAAAUUCAGGGUUGCAGUGCAUGUGCGAAAGGGGCUGUAGUCUGCCAGUGAGCAGUAGUAUUCAGGAAUGUAUCAGAGAGCACUCAAAGGCUGUUAUUAGGGAAACAGAUGGCUGUUCACUGUUAUUUACUAAGUGAUACUAAGGUUUGAACUUGUGACCUUUCAGUCAAAGUUGUAUUUGGGACCCUCAGGCUGCUGUUAGUUUGCAGUCAACCAAAGCUAUGUGGAUGCACUAUUUAACAGCCAAUUAUCUUACCCAAGAAGAAUGUCAACUAGUCUUUAUUUUUCUCCCUCUGACUUUGCCCACUAGCAAAAAAAUAAAGCAGGGAAAGCUCUGUGGAUAUAUCAUAGCUUCAAUUCAACCAGGAGCCGCUGUGGCCUGUCCAGAGAAGCCAAAAAUGUGUUCAAUUUGAGCAGAAUCUUCAGCUUGGUCUGAAGAUAAAUUAUGUCAUCUUGGGUUCUACCUGGGCCGCGUUGAGUUUUAUUAAAUUUACCAGCACUCAGAGCAAGUUGUGUUCAUUGACCUUAACUAGAAGAAUCUCCCCAACAUACUGUAUGUUCAGACUGCAUGCAGAGAAAUGAAAAAAUGUGUCCCCGAGUUUGUCAUCACCCAUAGCUGUUGAAUGGAUAUAAAAUAAAUUCAGCUUGGGUAUACAUGGCACUGUUGGAGCAAAAUAUGUACAAAUCAAGACAGAAAUGAGGAAAUUUGGCCUGAGGGUGGAGCCAGAACACAGGACACAAUUGUGUCAUUUAUGGAAAAUCUCACUUUGCUCGAAAACUGAAUAAUUAUCAUCCUGUGUGAUACCUUGUCUUCAAAUCUGG